AAUAGUCUUUGUCCUCACCCCGCAGUACAGCACACCACUGGAGAAGCACACGGGGCUCCUCGCAGGAAAGAAAAACUGGAUGGCUUGAUAAUAAGAAACGGGAGGGCUUUCUUUUAAUAACGAGGCAACGAAGGAAGAGCUCUUGGAACAACUUUGAGGACCUUAAAUCACAACUGAAGGUUUGAAAGGUUCCCUCCUGUCCCAGAAUCAAAAUGAGCUGGAGUUUCCUUACACGUCUGUUGGACGAGAUUUCCAACCACUCCACCUUUGUGGGCAAAAUCUGGCUCACCCUCCUCAUUGUGUUUCGCAUCGUGCUGACAGCUGUCGGGGGCGAGUCUAUCUACUAUGAUGAACAGAGUAAAUUUGUAUGUAAUACGGGGCAGCCUGGUUGUGAAAAUGUGUGCUAUGAUGCCUUUGCGCCACUAUCGCACAUUCGCUUCUGGGUGUUUCAGGUGAUUAUGAUCACCACCCCCACCAUCCUGUACCUUGGCUUCGCUAUGCAUAAGAUCGCCCGCAUGGAGGACGAUGACUAUCGGCCCCGGGGCAGGAAAAGGAUGCCGAUAGUGAACCGCGGUGCCAACCGCGACUACGAGGAAGCAGAGGAUAAUGGGGUGGAUGACCCCCUGAUCCUGGAAGAGAUCGAGCCAGAAAAGGAAAAGGAUGUCGUGGAGAAACCUAGCAAAAAGCAUGAUGGACGCCGUCGCAUCAAGCGCGAUGGUCUGAUGAAGGUGUACGUGUUUCAGCUACUAUCGCGUGCAAUAUUUGAGGCCGCGUUCUUGUUUGGACAGUAUGUCCUUUAUGGGCUGGAAGUGGUACCGUCAUAUGUAUGCACGCGCUCUCCUUGCCCGCACACAGUGGAUUGCUUCGUCUCCCGUCCCACAGAGAAAACAAUCUUCCUGCUCAUCAUGUAUGCCGUCAGCGCUUUGUGUCUGCUCUUCACCCUGCUGGAGAUCCUUCACCUUGGCAUCAGCGGUAUUCGGGACUGCUUUUGCGCACCACGGCCUCAGCCUCCCACCCCCCGUCACCCAGCUUUGGCCAGCCAGAGGUCUUCCAUCUGCCGCCAGCCCUCUGCACCUCCAGGCUACCACACGGCUCUGAAAAAGGACCCAUCAGGAAAAAUGGGCUUCAGGGAUAACCUGGGAGAUUCUGGUCGAGAGUCGUUCGGGGACGAGGCUUCAUCACGAGAGCUGGAGAGGCUGCGUAGACACCUAAAACUGGCCCAGCAGCAUCUGGAUAUGGCUUACCAGAAUGGUGAGAGCAGCCCGUCACGCAGCAGCAGCCCAGAGUCCAACGGCACUGCAGUUGAGCAGAACAGACUAAACUUUGCCCAGGAGAAGCAGAGCAGUACGUGUGAGAAAGGUCUCCGUGCAUAGGUUUUCAUCAGCCCAGCUGACACUACAGACUUAAACUCACAUCAGGAUCAGUGAGAGGACAAAAGGGAAUCAAAGUGAGAGUGAGUGUGUGCGUGACAUGAAUUUGCUUGAGGUGGAUGAAGUCAGCCCAAGCCUUCCAGUGUUAUGGUCAGUCGUGGCCGAGCAUCAAGUCGAACAAGGAGGAGACUGGUUGUCUCAACCUAGCAAUACUUGAGACACUAGCCUGUCUGAAGAUCCAAAGUGCUUACAAACUACCGUUGUGCAGCAGAACGGUUAUGGUUAACAUGUACUUCUCCCUCAGGGCAGCUAUUGUGUUUUUGAUAUUUUUAUUACGGGACUUAGAGCUAUUAGUCAUUUUUAAAAGUUUGUCCUCUGUUGGAAGUUCAGCGAGUGCAUCUCAAGUUUGCCUUAGACCUAAACUGGAACUCUGUUUUAUAUCAUUUUGAUAAAGUAAGGCCAAGCCAGAUGUAGUGCGAAAAACAUGGUUAAACUGUAAGAAUCAUUUUCUUUGUGAGGAAGUGAAUCAUUGAGUGAGUGCUUGUAGAUGCAAACAAAAGUUCAACAGACAAGGCACCACUCAUAAAAGAAAGGUACUGGAGUUAUUGUUAUGCUGAUGAAGACUCUUUAAGGUGUUAAUUUUCAUACAAAGGUUUCUUCCAAUUGUCUUGACAAUGUUGGCACUGCACCAGUCAACAUUCCCAAGCAUGGUGCCUCAAUGGUAACUGGAAAACACUUGGGGUGCCUUUGUCCAAAGGAAUAAACAAACCUGGGUAAUGCUUGAAAAAACAUGUUACUCUUGAUAUUGUCUUGUAUUGUUUAAACGUUUAAACGUGUUUUUGAUACUGUUCUUUAUUUUUGUAUUAGUUUUGAGUAUUGUGAUAUUGAAAAGAGGCUCUGUCACUGUGGCUUAUUUUAACUUUAAAAGAAUGACAUUCACUGCUGUCUUAGCUCCCCGAAGCCUGAUUCAAUACAUGGACUGACACAUUCUGAAAAUGGCUUGGUACAAUUUGAGUUCAAGUGCAACAGUUUUUUUUUAUUCUUUUUUUUAAAUGACAUUUUUGAAACACUCAGCCUACAGCUUAGUUUAUCUACACAUCUUUGACCAGCAAACGCUUCCCCUUUCCUGUAUGGACCUAAAUUCAAUUGUAUCUGUUGGUUAAAUAAGAGAUAAUCUUGUCUGUCAUGUUCCAUGUCUGAAAGUGCUGAUUUUUGGAUUGGUGUUAUCACUGCUCCAGAGUCAUUAAUGAGGGUUGUAAACCAUGUAAUCAUUUCAAUGUGAAUUCAAUGCCUUGAAUGCGCUCUACUAAGAUGCCAUCUUUUGUAUUCUGAAACAUACCCACAGUGCCAUUUGUGCCAACUCAAAUAUUGUCAUCUCAAGUUAUUUUUGAGCAAUACUUUUUGUACUUUUUAUACGUUUUGUAUUGAUAGUACUGUGUGGUUAGAUUUUAAAAUAAAAUUUUUACAACAAA